AUGUUGGAAGAACAGCAAUCCGAAGGCUGUUAUUAUGACACGCCAAUUACAAACACCAGAGAAAUGUGGUGGUUUGUCUCAAGGCAAGAAAAAAUUACGAAGAAGAAAAAGAUGAUGUUCAAGAAGACAAGGAAGAAGCAGAUUCGGGAACGAAGGUCAACGCAGAUCAUCUUCGUUUGGAUACCUUCAAUGACUUCUUCUCCUUUUGAUCCGUCAUUGUUUUGA